AUGCCGAAUUCCAGGUGGAUCUCUGCUGUGCUACCUACUGGCUCUAGAACGUGGAGUGGCGUGAACGUCUAUGGCAAAUGCUCUGAAUCGAUUCGUGAUACGCUACUGGUCGUUCGCGCGGCAAAUUUGCUUGCUACAUGUAUCGAAAUGGGCCAAGUGAGCGAGAGAUUGACACUUCGCGUCACGGACGUUGUGAAGGUCUUCCGUAACAUUGAUGAUCCAUGGUUAGGGUGUCUUCGUAGUCUUUCUCAUGUCGAAUGUUUCAAUUUUGGUAUAAUCUAUCGUCACUCACCUAUGAUAAGCACACCACUUAUCGAUCUCACAGUCGACUACCCUUUUGGUUACCCACAGCCAAACUGCGAUCACUUUUAUCCUUCCGGCUUGGAGUUCAUAAUGGGGCCUACCGAGCCCAAUCCCAGCAGCACGACAAGCAUCGACCGCGAUGACAUCUUUCUUCCGCGUCGCUCUCAAAUGGAACAGCACCGCUCGGAACGCGAAUCAGUCGCCACUGCUCCACCUCCCAAGAGACUUGCGCGACGUGAUCUGCAACUUCGCAACCAAUGA